AUGGCUGAACAGGAAACCUCGACGUACAAGAUCCGCUACGCCACGGAGCGCGACGUACCUGUCAUCCUACACCUGAUCCGCGAACUGGCCAUUUACGAGAAAGCGCUUCACGAAGUUUUGGCCACGGAGCAGUCGCUGCGCGAGUCGCUCUCGUUUCCCGUAGACCCCAAGGACCUGGACAAGGGCUUUACAGAGGGGUAUGCGAAGACGCUUUUGAUCUGUCCCGUUGGUCCUACCAAGGACUCAGGGGACGACGACAAGGGAGAGGUUGCCGGCAUGGCCCUGUACUUCCACAACUACUCGACCUGGCACGCCCGGCCGGGCAUCUACCUCGAGGACCUGUUCGUGCACCCCACCUAUCGGGGUCGAGGAUACGGCACGGCCCUGAUUCGCGCCCUUGCGAGAGAGUGUCAGCGCCUGCAAUGCCGGAGGCUCGAGUGGUCCGUCCUCAAGUGGAAUACGCCCAGCAUUGAAUUCUACCAGGGCGGGAGUGUGGGUGCGACGAGGAUGGAGGAGUGGGUCGGUAUGAGGGUCGAGGGGGAACGGUUGGAGAGGCUGAGUAGGAUGGUCGAGGGGAGUUAA